UAAACACGGGUUUGUCAAUAUUGAAUCUGUUUUCUGUAGUAUGGCGUUUAUAAUUUAAUAAUUAUUAGAAUUGUUUAAAACGCAGAUAUUUUCAUAUUUACCAUAAAUAAACUUAAACCGUAGAAACAUAAAAACAAACCAUUUAAAUAUUAACUCAGCGAUGUUAUGGAAUAAUACGAUUAUUUAUACAUUUGCCUAUUAAAAACUAAAUUAUUUUAUAACAUAAAAUCUUUGAUAAAUGUGUUAAAUACCCAAUAAACAAUGAGUUGCUUUUAAUCUAGGCUCUAGACGUUACUUAAGCAAUGCCUUCCCAUAGUAGAAGUCCAUCAUUUUCCGUUUCUCGGGAACGUAUUCGUAGAGUUGCCCAGGACACUGACGAAGCACAUUCUGAUAGAUGGUCAAAAAGAAGAUCGCCCAGCUUCGAUAGAAAAUCUUAUACAUAUAAUGAUCGUGAACAUCAUAAAUCAAAUGAUCGAUAUAAAACAAAGCACGAGAGAAGACCAGGUCAGCAGCGACAGGAUAACUUCAUGGACAAUCGACGUGUAGAGAGGGAAACUAUAGGAGAAGAAGGAAUAUCCACAGUCUGGGGAAAGUCACCACAAAAGCCACCGACAUUCAGUGAUGACGAAGAUGGCAAGGUAGGAAAAACUGAAGAAAAGUCCAACAGUAACUUAAAAAAGAAAAAGAAAAAGUCAAAGCACAAGAAGAGCAGUUCUUCAUUGAAAAAACACAAGAAAAAGAAAUCGAAAAAACGCCAAAAGAAAAAAUCAAAACGUAGCUCAUCUAGCAGCAGUAGCUCAUCGGACGCUAGCUCUGAAACAGAAAUGUGGGUUGAGAAGACAAAAGACACUAAAACUCCGCAUUCAGACACCCAAGAUAUUGAUAAAGAGUUUUCUGUACCAUCCUCGUCAACCGAACCCGGUAAUCUUUUAGAAGAUGUGGGACCCACUCUGCGACAGACAAGUGGUCUGACUCAAAAAGAUUUUGGUCAUGCCCUCUUACCAGGAGAAGGUGCUGCAAUGGCAGCUUACAUUGCUGAUGGAAAGAGAAUUCCCCGUAGAGGAGAAAUUGGUUUAACUUCAGACGAAAUUGCCACUUUCGAGUCCGUUGGAUAUGUCAUGAGUGGAAGCAGACAUCGUCGAAUGGAAGCCGUGCGAAUUCGUAAAGAAAAUCAAAUAUAUUCAGCGGAUGAAAAACGCGCUCUGGCGAUGUUCAGCAAAGAAGAGAGACAGAAACGUGAAAAUAAGAUUCUUUCACAGUUCAAAGAGAUGAUAAGUUCUAAAUUAAAAGCGGACAAAAAAUGAAAUAUUUUUAAAUAUAUAUAAACUAUGUAGAAUAUUACUAUAUUAUUAUGUAAAAUAUACAAUGUUUGCAAAUGUA